AUGAGGCUUGAGAACCAAAGCAGUGUGUCUGAGUUCCUCCUCCUGGGGUUCCCCAUUCUACGAAAGCAUGAGGAUCUCUUCUUCACCCUGUUCCUAUGCAUGUACCUGCCCAUGGUGUUGGGGAACCUGCUCAUCAUCCUGCUCAUCAGGCUCGACUCUCGCCUCUGCACCCACAUGUACUUCUUCCUCAGCCAGUUGGCCCUCACUGAUGGCUCCCUUUCAUCUGUCACUAUCCCUAAGAUACUGAAAAACGUGUGUAGUCCGGAUCAAUCCAUCCCCUAGGCUGGGUGCAUUUUACAAAUGUAUUUCUUCAUUAAUUUUAGCUUUAUUGACAACAUUCUGCUUGCAGUGAUGGUAUAAGACAGGUAUAUGGCCAUCUAUCACCCUCUCCACUACACCACCAUCAUGAGGGAUGAGCUUUGUAUCAUCCUGGUGGCUGGGUCCAGGUUCUCCUCUUGUGGCCAUGUUCUCUUGCCUGCCCUCCUCAUGGACCAAUUCAUGAGGAGGGAGAACCAGAGCAGCGUGUCCGAGUUCCUCCUCCUGGGGCUCCCCAUCCCACUGGGGCAGCAGGGUGUUUUCUUCGCCCUAUUCCUGGGCGUGUACCUGAGCACGGUGCUGGGGAAUCUGUUCCUCAUCCUGCUUAUCAGGCUGGACUUUCGCCUCCACACCCCCAUGUACUUCUUCCUCAGCCACUUGGCCCUCACUGAUGUUUCUUUCUCAUCUACCACUGUCCCAAAGAUGCUGUUGAACAUGCAAACUCAGAAGCUCUCCAUCUCCUACUCAGGGUGUAUGACACAGAUGUAUUUUUAUCAACUUUUUGGUUGUGUAGAUAAUCUCCUUCUUGCAGUGAUGGCAUAUGACAGGUAUGUGGCCAUCUGUCACCCUCUCCAUUACACCACCAUCAUGAGGGAGGAGCUGUGUGUGCUGCUGGUGGCUGGCUCUUGGAUUCUGUCCUGUGGCAGUGCCCUCUUGCACACGCUCCUCCUGGCACAGGUAUCCUUCUGUGCUGACAACAUCAUUCCCCACUUUUUCUGUAGCCUCUCCAUUCUACUCAAGGUGUCCUGCUCAAACACCUCUCUCAAUGAGCUGGUCAUAUUCACUGCAGGGGGUGCAAUUAUAAUUUUUCCAUUCAGUGGCAUCUUGAUUUCUUAUGGCUGCAUUGGGGCCUCUAUCCUGAGGAUCCCCUCUACCAAGGGGAUCUGCAAAGCAUUGUCCACCUGUGGCUCCCACCUCUCUGUGGUUUCUCUAUUCUAUGGAACAAUUAUGGCACUGUACUUUUCCUCCUCAUCAAGCAACUCCAAUGACAAAGACAUGAUUGCCUCCUUGAUGUAUACAGUGGUGACCCCCAUGUUGAACCCCUUCAUCUACAGCCUAAGGAACAGAGACAUGAAAUUGGCUCUGGGGAUUCUUUUCAGAAACAAUAGCCUUUUCACCAAGUGA